UUCAUAGGCAAACAUGGCCAUCUUUUAUUAGCAGUACUUCUCUAUUUACUCUCACCAAACCUCUCCUCUUCACCGAAACACCUACACUUUCAGAUCAUACCGGAAUUCGCCCACUGAUCCAAUCCAACGGUCACUAUGGCUUUAUCGAACUUAGCUUCGUCAUCUAGAUCUCAUCUCCUAAAACCUCUCGCCACCGCCAUACCUUACACGGCAACUCUCCGCCGUCCGAUUUCUACCUCCACCGAUCCCCUCAUUAUCGAGACUUCCGUUCCUUUCACUCCUCACAAAUGCGAGCCUCCUUCUCGCUCCGUGGAGACAACUCCUAAAGAGCUUCUCUCCUUCUUUCGCGACAUGGCUACGAUGCGCCGGAUGGAGAUCGCUGCUGAUUCUCUUUACAAGGCUAAGCUUAUCCGUGGAUUUUGCCACCUCUACGACGGGCAGGAAGCGGUGGCCGUUGGGAUGGAAGCUGCUAUUACUAAAAGGGAUUGUAUUAUAACGGCGUAUCGGGAUCACUGUACGUUUUUGGGUCGUGGUGGGACGCUUCUUCAGGUGUUCUCGGAGCUCAUGGGACGCCAGGCGGGGUGUUCGAAAGGGAAGGGUGGGUCAAUGCAUUUCUAUAAGAAGGAAGCCGGGUUUUAUGGAGGACACGGGAUUGUGGGAGCUCAGGUGCCACUAGGAUGUGGAUUGGCUUUCGCGCAGAAGUAUUCUAAAGACGAAACGGUGACGUUUGCUCUGUAUGGAGAUGGUGCGGCCAAUCAGGGACAGUUGUUUGAGGCGCUUAAUAUUUCUGCUCUUUGGGAUCUUCCUGCUAUUUUGGUCUGCGAGAACAAUCACUAUGGUAUGGGGACUGCAGAGUGGAGAGCCGCCAAGAGUCCCGCUUACUACAAGCGAGGAGAUUACGUCCCUGGCUUGAAGGUAGAUGGCAUGGAUGUUCUUGCUGUGAAACAAGCAUGCAAAUUUGCAAAGGAGUUUGCUUUGAAGAAUGGUCCACUUAUUCUUGAAAUGGAUACCUACAGGUAUCAUGGUCAUUCCAUGUCUGAUCCUGGUAGCACCUACCGUACUCGUGACGAGAUCAGUGGCGUGAGACAGGAACGUGAUCCAAUUGAAAGAGUAAGGAAGGUGAUAUUAGCUCAUGAUCUAGCUACUGAGAAAGAGCUAAAGGAUAUUGAGAAGGAAAUAAGAAAAGAAGUAGACGAAGCCAUUGCUCAAGCCAAGGAAAGUCCAAUGCCAGAACCAUCAGAACUUUUCUCAAAUGUGUAUGUGAAAGGGCUUGGAACUGAGGCAUUUGGGGCAGAUAGGAAAGAAGUCAGAGUUGUGCUUCCAUAAACAAACAUAUGCGGAAAAGUAUCCAACAACAACCCCACUCUCAAAAAAAACUUUACCCAGCAGAAGUUAUAGAAAAGUGGUAACAAAUAAAUGUUAGCGAAGAUGGGUAUCUUUUUCCAGCAAUCAUUUUGUUUCUCACAUAUUUUUGUAUAGAAUACUGAUUCUUUCAAAGUUGUGGGGGUGAGAAUUGUUUCUUUUUUGUCUGUGUGGUUCUCUUUUUGGUUCUGUGAUAUUCAAUUGAAUAGGGUUCUAAUGUGCGUGAGGAUACAAGAAAACUUGUUUCUUGGUAUUCCAGGAGUUUUCCUUUUUUGUUCUAUGCCCAUUUUUCGCUGUUUUAUGAUAAAAAAAAAAAAUAAGUAUUUGUUGAUCUUAUUUGCCAA